AUGGAGCCAGGCCGGCGCGGCGGGGCCUGGCGGCUCCUGGGCCAGCUGUGCUCCACCAUCAGCAAGGCGCUGUUCGCAGAGUUCCUGGCCACGGGGCUCUACGUGUUCUUUGGCGUGGGCUCAGCUCUGCGCUGGCCCUCGGUGCUCCCCUCUGUGUUGCAGAUUGCCAUCACCUUCAACCUGGCCACAGCCAUGGCUGUGCAGGUUACCUGGAAGGCCAGCGGGGCCCACGUCAACCCCGCCGUGACGCUGGCCUUCCUCGUGGGCUCCCAAAUCUCCCUGCCCCGGGCUGUGGCCUAUGUAGCUGCCCAGCUGGCAGGGGCCAUUGUGGGCGCUGCUCUGCUUUACGGGGUCACACCAGGAGACAUGCGAGAGACCCUCGGGGUCAAUGUGGUCCGGAACAGCGUCUCGACCAGCCAGGCGGUGGCAGUGGAGCUGGUUCUGACCCUGCAGCUGGUGCUCUGUGUCUUUGCUUCCACUGACAGCCGCCAGGCCGCAGGCUCCCCGGCCACCAUGAUUGGGAUCUCUGUGGCACUGGGCCACCUCAUCGGGAUCUACUUCACCGGCUGCUCCAUGAACCCAGCACGCUCCUUCGGUCCUGCCGUCAUCGUGGGGAAGUUCGCGGUGCACUGGAUCUUCUGGGUGGGACCUCUGACAGGAGCCAUCCUGGGUUCAGUGAUCUACAACUUUAUCCUGUUCCCGGACACCAAGACCCUGGCCCAGCGACUGGCCAUCUUCACGGGCACUGCCGAGGUGGAGAAAGUGGGAGGGGUGGCAGCCCCGAAGGAAGAACCCCAGUCUACCUCAGGAGAUAUGGAAAUGGAGAGUGUGCAUCAGAUGGCGUAG